CAAAAUCUACAGCCUUAACCCGCGAGCUGAUCUCUCACUCUCCUGACCUACGAAACGGCAGCCAUGACAGCAGUUCUGUUGGAGCUUUCAGAGGUCCUUCGUUCCAAAACUGAUGAGGACAAGAUAACAAACUCAGAAAGAAUGUUAAUCGGCAAUUGCAUGGUGAAGUCGGUCAAGAAUUGUUUAAUCGGGGCCUUUGUCUCUUCUGCCGUAGUUUACAGUGCAACUAGAAGACUUGGGCGUUGGUACCGCUUCUACCUUUCAGCAGGUUCAGCCAUGCUCAUAGGAAGGCUGCUGAUUGAUAGGUCUGCAAAUUCAUGCCUUGAACACAUAUUAAGCAUUGAAGAAAUUCAUUGCUGCCCAUAUUUUGCAUGUUUUAACAUGCAAUUUCAUGAUAGUAUAUUAUGGAAGCAUAGAGAAAGCCCUUCAAGAAUGCAGCUGGUACACAAGUAUUUUUAUCCAGAGGUAGUAUUUACUGAUCUAAAACCAGAUGAGCCCCUCAUAAGGUUGAGGGCAAGGAAUGCCUAUGAAGAUCAAACCGCUUCCGGGCGAACGGAAGACAAUGAUGGCAGCUGCGAUGAUGUAGAUGCCAAAACACAGUCGACUAGUCAAUCAAAGAGAAAUCCAAGUAAUGCAAAUACAUCCCAAAGCAAUCCGGGCGAAGAUCUCCUUGCAGACCCACUGGAAUUCAUCAUCUUUGGCAAUCAAGAACCGAGCGAGCAAAUUCGUGCUGAUGGUGCGGAAAACCCGAGAAGUCGGCGACGUGCCCAUAGGACAGCUCGCCGGCACCACCGCGACCACCAUACUGAAACACAUUCCCAUUCAACAGAAGGUUAGCUGAACUCUUUACAGAACUGAAUAAUCUGACUAUGCUGGAACAGAUUGCUUCUUUAGAUUAGCCUUCAUAAUCAUAGCCUCUCCUUAUUUUGAUUGCUGAAUUUGUUACACUUUUAGGGUUGGGAUCUAAAACCUAAGCAAUUCUUUUUUAGCAAUUUUUUUAGUAGUUUUGCAAAAACUGGAUGAAGAACUUCAGUUUA